AUGGACCAAGCGUCCUUCCGCCAACUCCUCGACCCCUCCUCGUCCUCGAAGGCAUCCUCCUCCAAGAGCUCCGCGCACAUCCGCGGCUCGCUCCUCACCGCGGCCAAGGAUGGCGCGGAAAAGAAGAAGAAGAAGCCCGCCGCGGAGGGCCCCGCGUUCAAGCCGCGCACGGUGAAGAAGAACGCGGCGGGCGACGCGUACCGCGACCGCGCGCUGGAGCGGAGAAAGGGCGUGAAGGGCGACUUUGCGGAGGUUGAAGCUGUGGCCGAGGAAUUCGAGCGACGGAACGCAGAGAACGAGGACCGCGAGGCUGUCGAGGCGCAGCGCCAGUACCUCGGCGGCGACAGCGCGCACACCGUGCUCGUCAAGGGCCUCGACUUCGCCCUCCUCGAGCAGAGCCGCGCACGCGUCGCCGCGGAGUCCGGCGCGACCGACGACGUUACGCUCGAGCAGGCCUUCCUCGGCGUCGACUCCUCCCCCGCCCCCGCCCCUGCCGCCACGGUCGCCACCGGGAGCGGCGCGGCGAAGAAGCGCUCCCGCGCGGAUAUCCUGAACGAGCUCAAGAGCAAGCGCGGCGCGGCGCCCGUGGAAGACGCGGCCCUCGAGGAGGCGAAGCGGGCGGGCAAGUUCAAGCCGAUCGGGUUCAAGCCCGUGGGCGGCGCGGCGGAGGGGCGGGCGAAGCGGAAGAAGGCCAAGGACGGGGACGGCGAGCAGCCGCAGAAGAAGAAGAAGCGGAAAGUCGCGGCGUCGACGGACGCUGCGCCAGCUCCUGCGAGCGCGGACGCGGGGCCGUCUGCGCCCCCGGGACCCCCGCCUCCCCCGCAGACGCAGCAGGUACCGGAGCCGCCCCCGGCGCCGAUCGACGAGGACUUUGACAUCUUCGCGGACGCGGGCGAGUACACUGGGGUCAACCUCGGUGACGACGACAACGACGACGGUGAUGACAGCGACGCGGACGGUAUGGCGGCGGAGCGGGCUGCUCCAACGGAAGACGGAGAGCUCCCCGCACGCCCCGGAAAGUGGCUAGUGACCUCGGACGACGAGCGCGAACGGUCGCCGCAGCCGCCUCCACCGCAACGGUCCCAUUCUCCGGCUGCCGGGAGGUCCGGGUCUCCGCGGCGGGAAGAGUUCCACCCGCACGCGCGGCCGCCGAUGUCGGACGAGGAGGGAGAAGUCGAGGAGCCGGAGCGGCCGAUGCGGUUGCAACCGCUGGCGUCGUCCGCGAUGCCGUCUAUCAAGGACCUGCUGGCGAUGAACGACGAGGUGGAGAAGGUGGAGAAGCGGAAAGCUAGGAAGGAUAAGAAGAAGGGUGGCGGGGGUGGAGGCGGAGGCGGAGGCGGAGGGGCACCGAGCGAGAAGGAGACCAAGGCGAAGGUCGACAGGGAUUAUCAAAAAUUGAAGGCGUAUACGGACAAGAAGGGAGGUUCAUGA